AUGGCUUCGUCAAAUCCAAUUAUCUAUCAGAAUGCGGAGGUGGACGUCAUAUUGAUCGACAUACCGACGUCAAUCGCAGCAGCACAAGGCGACCGCGAGGGAGUGCUACUCUCUACAACGCCUUUGGAAGCGCCCAUCGAACCGAAGGAGGAUUACCGACCCAAAGCGAAGAAACCUAGAGCGAACGAGAAUUCAGCACGAAGCGCGGUGAACACGCAGCAUGUCGGACACCGUAGUUCGCCCCAUGCGACAGUGGCAGAAGCCUCCCAACACGACUUCCAGUCUCUGCAUCUUGACGACCUGCGGUACAAAAUUCUGGCUGAACAUGCACUCAGCCAAAUACGCGCACAGGUUCCAGGGCCGUGGUGCACACAGCGCAAGCUGAUGGCCCAGGAACCACUCCGCGGGAAAGAUGAAGACAUGGACGUUGAUCAAAUUUCCGAAAAGGAACUCGAAUCUCGGAUGAAGGAGUGGGCUUCAUGGAGCGAGAGCAAGGAAGACGAUACCGCAUUCAAUCUGCAGCAGAUGAUGGCUUCUCUCGGCGCGACUUCCGAGGUCGCAGAACCGGCCACUGUGGCACCAAAGUGGAUGAUGUCGUACUGCCCUGCACGUGAGACUGCAAGUAGUACACAGGUUGCUGAAACGGUCUCGCCAGACGCACAAACCGAACCAUGGACAGGCGCCUUCCACAACCCCAACCACCACUCCCUGUCGCUAUCCAUCACCGAGAACACGUCGCAACCUGCUCAGCUGGGUCAUGAGUAUCGUUUCACAAUACCACCUCGAUCCACAUUCUUCCUUAGCGAUUCCACAGCAUCGGAUGCUUUCCGUACCUCAUUCCGCGAGCUUACAGACGAGUUCACCCUUCCACGACACUUCGACCUGGUACUGCUGGACCCACCAUGGCCCAAUCGUUCAGCCAAGCGGAAGGGCGCGUAUGAACAAGUUGGCGGCAUGCCGUACCUCAAGAAGAUGCUGUUGAGCAUGGAUAUUGACAGCUAUCUGGAACACAAUGCGCUGGUCGGCGUCUGGAUCACGAACAAGGCAGCACUGAGGGAACAUGUGCUUGGACCCGGCGGACUCUUUGAAAUCUGGAACGUGGGCUUGAUCGAGGAGUGGAUAUGGAUCAAAACAACGACCAAAGGCGAUCCCAUGUUCGACAUUGACAGCGCCAUGCGCAAGCCCUAUGAGAUUCUACUGCUAGGUCGCGCAGCACCGAACUCGUGGACGACAAUGACACACGCGCCAACAGUCAAGAGGAGAGUCAUUGCUGCUGUGCCAGAUAUUCACUCACGCAAACCGUGUCUGAAGCAGUUACUCGAACCCUUUCUGCCGGAUCCGACUGAUUACAGCGCGCUUGAGGUCUUCUCUCGGUACCUUGUCAGUGGAUGGACGUCUUGGGGUAACGAGGUACUGAAAUACAACUGGGAUGGUUACUGGGCCCCGGCCUGA